GCAAUCAAAUUAAAUUCAAACUAAAUAAUUACAUUCAGAUUAAUAAUCAUAAUACUUAAAAAAUAAAUAUAAAAGAAUAUACAUAUUGAAAAAUGAAAAGAAAAAAAAGCUUGAUUUCAAGCAUAUACAGGAAAAAGUAAAAGUGGAAAAUGGAAGCACCUUCUUUUCUUAGGCAAGCCCAAGAAAUUCCUCUCAAAGAUGCACGCUUUUGCAUUUAAAAUAUUCUAUACUAUUUUUUUUUUUCAAAGAUAUUCUAUACUGACUCGCAUUCAAAAUUUUCAAGCUUUGAAUUUUUUCACCCUUCACAUCUAAUUCUCUCUCUCUCUCUCUCCAAAGCAGUAAACAGUACAGUUCCUCUUUGUAGUAAUGGCUUUUGCCUCUCUCGUUUCCACCUCCACCUCUCUCUCUCUCUCUCUCUCUCUCUCUCUCUGUGUCAAGCAACUAUCCUGAAUAAUUUCUACCCUCUUUCCCUUUCUUUUUCUUUCUAAUUAUUAUUAUUGUUAUAAUUAUUGUUCGUAUUAUGGGUUUUCUCUCUUGCAAUGCAGAGUCUACAAUAGCCACCUGCGAUCCCUACAACUGGGAUUGCAAGAGCAGGAAAAAGAAAACCAACAGAAACAAACCCAAUAAGCCCUUUAAGAUCAGGGACUUCACUUACCCGGAGCUAUUAAAAGCCACCAAGGGGUUCUCCGCUGAGAGUUUUCUUGGCAAAGGCAGCCAUGGCACCGUCUAUAAAGCUUCUCUAGACGAUGGUAAGCUUAUAGCCGCCGUCAAGAAGACCUAUCGAAACCCAUCAAUAAGCAUCCACAGUAACUGCACCACUUGCACAACUCCUGCAGAGAACGAGAUUGAGAUACUCUCCAGAAUACAGCACCCGAGGCUUGUUAACCUCAUAGGCUUCUGCGUAGAUUCUAAAGACAGGAAAUUACUAGUUGUAGAAUACAUGCCAAAUGGUUCUUUAUACGAUCUUUUACACUGUAGCUCCAGGCCGCCCAGUUGGACCAGGCGUAUCCGGUUUGCUUUGCAAAUAGCCAAGGCUGUUCAAGCUUUGCACUUGGCGAACACGCCGGUGAUUCACAGAGACAUAAAAUCGUCAAAUGUGUUGAUCGACGAGAACUGGAACGCGAGGCUUGGAGAUUUCGGGCUCGCCUUGAGAGGACACGUGGAGGAUGUACGAGUCAAGUGCACGCCGCCGGCAGGGACUUUAGGGUACCUUGACCCAGGUUAUCUUGCGCCUAGCGAUUUAAGCACCAAGAGCGACGUUUUCAGUUUUGGGAUCCUACUGUUGGAGGUGAUCAGUGGCAGAAAUGCAAUUGAUGUCAACUACAGCCCACCAUCUAUCGUCGACUGGGCAGUACCGUUGAUAAAGCGCGGGGACUUCUCCAGUAUUUGUGAUCAUAGAAUCGGGUCGCCGGUGGACCCUGGAGUGAUAAAGAAUCUGGCAAUUCUAGCGGCCAGGUGUGUGAGGUCCACUACGGAGAAGCGUCCCGGAAUGACAGAGGUAGUUGAGGGAUUGAAAAUUAUAAGUAAGAGAGUUCAUGCGCCGCACAUAUGGAAUAGCUUGAGGAGGCGCGUGGGACUAGCGGAAGAAUCGCGGCCAUUUGAGGCGGCAAUUGAUUCAAAUGAAGAGGUUGUUAACGCUAACAAGGCUACUAGUAGAGUGGGGAGCAGAAGAAACAGAAAAGUAUCGAGUGUUUCGAGUGUAGAGUUUGGAAAUGAAACGAUUGGAUGGGCAGGGGAGCGGGUAAUCAGAUCAAAAUCCAUUGGUUCAUUCGGCGAUACAAAACUGGACGGAUCUGAAUCAAGAAGGAAUGCAAGUGUAGCAGUGAAAAUCCCACUAGUGAAGCUGAGCAAGUCAAGGUCCACGGGAGUACUUCACAGAAGCAUCAAAUCCAGAGAAAUUGAGGCCUCUAUUUCUGAGCUGUUAAUAAGGUUGGACGAGAAGUCAGAGAAAGAAAUGCAAGAGAAGCCACUGGUGAUCUCCAUCUAAAAAACUUGUUGGAUUUGUUUUGAGUUGAUGAAUUUUGAGUAUUCGACCCUGGUGGGUUUUGUUUAUUGGGAUUCAUCAACCCACAACAGAAUCUCUAUAAUCAAUCCAGAAUUCCAAAUUCUUUUGCAUUGGAAUUGUUUUUAUUUUCUUUUUUUUCUACAUUCAAGUUUGUAAUUCUCAGCAUGUCAUCAAUAUUUUCUAAAAUCUAAAAUCUCAGUUUGAAUAGA